UUUUAUUCGAUUCAUUAUUGCUUGGAGACUUAUUUUCUCUUUUCUCUUUCUCGUUUCCUUGUCGAACCUGCCGUCAGUCCUUCCUUUCCCUUCCUUUUCUUCAUAUAAGCAGCAAACAAGAGACAGUCUUGCUUUCGCGCACCCAUUAUACACUCGUUGAAUCAUCAAACUAUCACAGUACACUCGUUCCUUUACUCACUUACUACCACCUGUCCCUCUCCUUGUCCUUUUCAUACACCAUCUUCUCGAUAUAUCUAAUCCCCUCUCAGCUAAAACUAUGAGCGAAAUUGUCCUUUCCAACUCCUCGAAUCAAUACGUUCCCGACUACUCAGCAAGCUCGAUGAUGUCCAACUUCAACCCUGCCACCAUGGGUGUGCACCAGAAAGAUAGCUCGCCAACAUCAUCAUCGCCGUCUCAAGUCACAUAUGAAGACGGCCAGCAGCAUUAUUAUCAUGAUUAUGCUGCCUUUCAGCAGAUGCCGUUGAAUUAUCAGGCUGUUCCAAUAACUUAUCCUGCCACCGCCACUACUACCACUGCUGUUAGUGCUGCUUCUGCCGCAGCUGUGCCGCGAUUUGGAUAUUACGAUCAACAGCAACAGCAACACCACCAUCGACAUCACCCACGCAGCCCUGAGUCGAUAUCAUCGAGCUCAUCCCCGCAAACACCACCAUCUUCCAGCGUUGCCGCUAACAGCAAUAACAAUAAUUCUAAUGCAAAUACGGGUGCUGGUGUGCCCGAAGUAGCCGCAGCACCCGCAGCUAAUUACCCUCAAGUCUUGACGAGCCAAGCCCUCGAGCAAAACUCUUCAACACAGCAACAACAGCAACAGACAGCAGAAAAUUCUCUAAUUACGCCACUUGUGCCCUCAUCAACGUUUACAAACUCUACCACCGAACGUGUCAAAGAGACAAUUGCUCGUGCUAACUCUGUACCAAUGGAAUUCUACCACACUGAGUUCCUUGAAUACUCCAAGGAAACGUACGAAAAAAGAAUGGAUGCAAAGCGUAAUAAGCGCAAGCGACCUUCAGCAGCAGCAGGAUCCUCCAGCAGCGGCAGCAGCAAUUACAACAGCUGCACUGAAGAUCUGACCGCUAAGAAGAAAAAAGCGUCUGAUACGGAUAAGGAGGAUUCCGAUGAUGAGGCAGACGAUGAUGAGAUCGAUAAGGAGGCUGAAGAACGUGGAUUAUCCAACGCCGAAUUGCGUCGCCAAAUUCAUAUCCAAUCUGAGCAAAAGCGUCGUGCCCAGAUCAAGGAUGGGUUUGAUGAGUUACGAAAGCACUUGCCCGGCUGUAACAACAAGAAAAUGAGCAAGGCAGCAUUGCUUACGCGAACUGUGCAGCAGAUCCAGCAUUUAAAGAACAUGCAGAACGAACUGCUUUCAGAAGUGGAGCGCCUCGUACAAGAAAAUGAGACUUUGAAAAAAUUUCAGCAUGGCAUUCUACAACGACAAGCCUUAGAAAAGAUGUAUACCUUUUGAAUGGUUUAUCAAUAAGCAGCACUUUAUUGAUACCGUCUUUCUGCUCUAUUCCUUUGACGAAUGAUAUCCAGCUGCACAUUCGCAUUAUUUAUUUGCUCACCCUUUAGUGAUUCACCCUCCCAAAAAAAUUCCUUUUCUAUUUUCUGUUUCGCCUGUCACCUUACUAGCCCUCUUAAUAAUCGUCUUUUCUUUACUUCAGAAACUCCUUUUUUGCUUUCUUUCUCUGUAACUAGAGUUCGUCUCAGGGCAAAUUCGUACGUAGUAGCUCGUUCGCACAUAACCCUUUACCACUAUCUCUUCCGAGCGUACCUUUCUUUUAUAUCCCUUCUUCUUUGCCAUACUUGUUGUCUGUGUACACAGUUCCCCCCCCUUAUCUACACCUUUUUCUCGUCCGCAAAUACUUGAACAAACUGAUCCAUAUUGGAGUCGAAUUGCAG